UUCAGCACUUGAGCCGUGUGCCGUGUGCGCGCUGCCGCAGGUUUCUUUUCUAAUCGAUUAUUUCUUACGUGUAAACACAACAAAAACGAAAAGUUAUUUUUUUAAUGCCAGUGAAUGGCGCCACGGGCACGAAUGGCCUUCCGUUCUCAGUCUUGAAAACUAGAAAUGCGCGGACAUCGCAGACCCCCAGCGCUCAGCGUUUGCUCUAACCGCCAGACUUCAAUCCAUCCCCCCGCUUCGCUCCAGCCAAUCAGCACGCGGCGGCGAAGGGACCAGUGCGCAGGCGUCACCUCGGGAGCGUGCGCCCCUGCUUCCUGUGCGCGGACGCACGGAGGGACGCCGGGCGUCUUGGACGUCAUUGACGCGCCGUUUCGUUGGCGGUUUCUUCGCGCUGCUCUUUUGCUCCUCGGGCUCCCCGGGUGGUCGCUCCGCUGUUGCGCGGCUCUCUUCAGGCGCUACAUGGAGCAGCCCGGUGUUCGCUGGAGGAAGGUCCUGUACGAACCGCAGCCUUUCCCGGACAAUUACGUGGACGAGCGCUUCCUGGAGGAGCUGCGCAAGAACAUCUACGUGCGGCGCUACCGCUACUGGUCGGUGGUCUUCGAGUCCGGCCUGGUGGCACAGCAGCUGGCUUGCGUCUCGGUCUUCGUGGUGCUCUGGUGGUACAUGGACCGGGGGCUGCUCACACCCCACUGGCUCUUUGGGACGGGGCUGCUGUUGUCCACCGUCGGCUACGUGGCCUACGAGCUGGUCGACGGUGGGCUGGGCAGGCAUCAGAGUGGUCGCACCCGCUGGGCGGACCUGAAGAGCGCCAUCGUCUUUGUUCUCUUCACGUACGGCUUCUCUCCGCUGCUCAAGACGCUGACCGAGUCCAUCAGCACGGACACCAUCUACGCCAUGUCCUUCCUCAUGCUGCUGGCCCAUCUGGUCUUCUUCGAGUACAGCACUCACAUGGCCGUGGCGUCCAGCAGCCUGUCCCUCAGUGUGGCCAUCUUCGCCUCGGUGUGCCUGGCAUCCCGGCUGCCCGGCUCUUUGCACGCCUUUGCCACGGUGACCUGUGCCAUCGAGGUGUUCGCCCUAUGGCCCCUGCUGCUGCGCCGCCUCAAGUCGCACGUCCCCCAGGGCUAUGUGGCCGUGUCGCUGCUGGUGUCGGUGGCCAGUGUGGCGGCGGCACUCAGUGUCACGGUGGUGGGCGGCGUGCUCCUGGCACUGCUGCUCCUCUGCAUCUCCCUGCUCUGCCCGUACCUCCUCAUCUGCCUGCAGCUGCACAAGGACAACAUCCACGGGCCGUGGGACGAGGCCGAGAUCACGGAGGACUUGUCCCGCUUCCUGCGCUGAAUAAAGUCGUGUGCCCCCCUCAGA